AAAUUCGCAAUAAACGGUACUUUAUGUUAAGGAAAUAAAGAGCAAAGCCAAGAAACGAAUAAAUUUAUAUUUGUUUACCACUUGUUCUUUAUGUAUAUAUAUAUUUUGUUAAAGUAAAUCAUAAGAUCUUAUUUAACUGUUUAAAUUAUUAAAUUAAGAUAAUUCUUUAACAUAAAAUUAAAGCCUUAAAAUCAAGUGGUCAUAAGACCUUCUGUAUUCUAUAUAAUUCAAUACAAAGCUAUGCAUUAUGCAAGGCAGUUUUUCAAAUAUUUAAUUUUCUUUUCAAUGCUCACCAGAUAGGCAAUGAUCUCCUUAAAUCUCUUGCAUUUUGUUUCUUUGGACAUUUGAAGGACCAAAUAGCUCAACGUUGAAUAAUGUUUUCUGGCUUAAUUUUGGUUAAAUUUAUUUCAAGACGAUAUAUAUCAUAAACAGAUGAAAAUAAACCAAAACGAUAAGAGGGAUCCUAGACAAAGACCGUACCAUGUAUGAUCUGAAACAUAAAGGUCUUCGUUUGCUCUGUACGUCCAUGGUGCUUGUCUUCAGAAUUCUUAUUUACUUUGGUUGUAGUGGGUAGAAGAGAGAUGCCCAUUUGAUAUUGAGCAAAGGUGGCAAAUAAAUAGUAUCUUGUAUAGACAAAAGAUGAUUUCCUCGGAGAGAAGAGAUGUGUUGUGUGUCUUUAAGCAUACGCGUGGUGUGGGUUUAGAGAGACAAAAAAUUAAUAGUUUUUAGAGCAAUAAAACCUUGUUUUCUAGGCCAAUAUAUGGAAGCUGAUUUAAUUUUACAUGAAUAAUGAAGGUCAUGAAUUUAUUUAAAAUAUUUGGAGUUCAGCUUAAUUUGGACCGAAGAAUGGAAGGAACGAAUUGCUGCUGCGGGCUGUGGAAAGUCUGUGUUUGCUAUUAUAAUGCAGGAAACUUUUUUGAAAAUAUUUUUUAUUUAAAAUGUAUUAAAAUAAAUUUUUAAUGUUUUUACUUGAAGGCAUUAAAAUUAUUAAAAAUAAAAAUCAGAAAAUAAUUAAGAAGCCAUCAAACUACUGUUAGUCAUCAACAGUUGAAUAAAUGAACCUUGUCAUGGGAUGAAAUAAUUAACUAAUGAUAAUGUAUUGAAAUGAAGCUAAAGGAAAUCUGUUAAGCAACUAUGAGGACUACUGUUUUUCCUUGACGGUUUUAACAAUGGAGGGACUAUAUUAAGCAAAUUAGUAUAGUAUAGGGACUCAAUCAACUAUGAAAUUAUUAGAGGGACUAGAUUAAGUAAGUGGCUAUAUUACAAGAAUGGUACGAAUGAUUUCACCCCUAUACAGGGUCACUCCAUCUUCAGUUUCUCAUCUCUUUCCUCUUCGCAAAAAAUGGCUCAUUCUCAUCCUGUAAAAGUCAUUGAUCAUUUCCGAGUCUCUCCACCACAAGGCUCAGUACCCACCACCUCUCUCCCUCUCACUUUCUUCGACUUUCCAUGGCUUCUUUGCCGUCCCAUGGAACGCCUUUUCUUCUAUGAAUUCCCUUACCCUACUCUUUACUUGACGAACAACAUCCUUCCUAUUCUUAAAAACUCUCUUUCCCUUACUCUUCAACACUUUUUCCCUCUUGCCUCCAAUCUUAUGUGCCCACCAUCACCCCAUAAACCCUAUAUCCUCUUCAAAGAUGGUGACUCGAUCCCGUUCACUGUUGUUGAGUCAAUGCUGGAUUUUGACCAAGUCAUCGGAGACCAUGCCAGAGUCGAUCUUAGAGAACUGCAAUGUUUUGUCCCCAGGUGGCCUCCCACACGUGUGACAUCAGAUGACACACGUGUAGUGCCACUUCUUGCCUUGCAAGUAGCUGUGUUUCCGAAUUCAGGUAUCUGCAUCGGUGCCAAAUUUUGCCACGUGGUAGCUGAUGGGAUGGCUUUUAGCCAUUUCAUGAAAUCCUGGGCGUCCAUUUUUAGGUCCAGAGAAGACAGCGCUUGCCUUGAAAAGUCAAUACCGCCGUCUCAUGACAGGUCAGGGAUCAAAGACCCAUUCCAGCUGGAGUCAAUUUUUACGAAGGACUGGUGGAAUUGGGCUUCAUCUUGGGAUUACGAUUUGGGAUCAACCCCUGAUGAUCAACUUAGAGACAAGGUUGGCGUCACAUUUACGAUAGGGCAAACCCACAUUGAGAGGCUGAAAGAUCUGGUCUCCAUUCAAUGCAUGGAAAAUUAUCCAGGUCAAGUGCAUGUAUCGACAUUUGUGGUAGCAUGUGCCUUUACAUGGGUUAAUUUGAUAAAGUCACAAGAGAAGGAGGCAAGUGAUUUACUUGAUAAUGACAAGGUUUACUACUUCGUUUUUGUGGCAGAUUGUAGACACCGUCUUGAAGUUAAACUACCAGCAACAUAUUUUGGAAACUGUCUAGCAAUAUGUUAUGUUCCUGCAAAGAAGAGUGAGUUACUUGGAGAAAAUGGGAUCAUCAUGGCAGCUAGAGAAAUUGGUAAGAAGGUCAAGGAAUUGGAGAGUGGGGUUUUUGUGGGGGCUGAGAAAUGGAUAUCAAAGUGGAAAGAAGUGUCUGAACAAGGCAGGCUGGUUACUGUUGCUGGGUCACCUAAGUUGCGUGCUUACGAGACAGAUUUUGGGUGGGGGAGGCCGAAAAAGACUGAGGUUCCCCAUAUUUAUGCUUCAGGCAGUUUCCAUCUUUGUGAAUGUAGAGAUGGGGGAGGAGGAGUUGAGAUUGGCUUGGCCCUUCCUCAGGGUCAAAUGGAUGUCUUCUCUGGCAUCUUUGAACAAGGUAAGCAGAAUCUGAUUUGAGAAUGGCUUGUUGUCUCUCCUUGUGAAAUUCGCAAUGUACGGUGCUUUAUGUUAAGAAACUAAAGAGCGAAAACAAGAAAUGAAUAAAUUUAUUUUUGUUGA